AUAUACAUGCUCAAGCGAUAGAAUUAUGAGUUGUGUUAAAAACUACAAAUCCUAGACUGCGUUUUACAGCCGCGAUUGAAUUAGGUAUGGGUCAUGUAGUUGAUGGCACUUCCCUCAUGUCAGCAGUGUGCACUGCGCAGGGCUUUGUGUUCAACUACAGUACCCACACGUCACUGUAGAGCGGCUGCUAUCCGGGGAUAUCUCACCGCUGCUGUUUCUCUCCUUAGUCUAGCGCUCUCUGCUUUUUAGCGGAUUGACACAACAGGGUAGGAUUACUAGGAGGAAUACAAAAACAUAAGCAAAAAUGGCAGAGCUUGGAGCGGGGAGCCUGCUAACAGGAGAUCCUGCUUUUAAUUAUCAAGAGCAUGAGCUAAACGAGCGUUUGAAGCGGCUGUACCCGGCCGUGAAUGAGGAAGAGACCCCCUUACCCCGAUCUUGGAGCCCCAAGGAUAAGUACAGCUACAUCGGGCUCUCACAGAAUAAUCUGCGGGUGCAUUACAAAGGCCACGGAAAAAACCACAAAGAUGCAGCGUCUGUACGGGCCACCCAUCCUAUCCCUGCUGCUUGUGGCAUCUACUACUUUGAGGUGAAGAUUGUAAGCAAAGGAAGGGAUGGGUACAUGGGAAUUGGACUGUCUGCCCAGGGUGUCAACAUGAACAGACUGCCUGGUGAGUAAAUUAAUCUAAUACCACACCACAAGCCCCCUGACGGACACUCCUUUUGCUCCUCAGGGACUGGCCAACCGUAUGGCCCAACCUUCACAACGGGCGACGUCAUUGGCUGCUGCGUGAACCUCAUCAAUAACACAUGCUUUUACACCAAGAAUGGGCACAGUUUAGGUGUGGCUUUCACAGAUCUGCCACCUAACCUGUACCCCACAGUAGGGCUACAGACUCCAGGGGAGAUAGUAGAUGCUAAUUUUGGCCAGCAGCCUUUUGUGUUUGACAUUGAGGACUACAUGAGCGAAUGGAGGGCCAAGAUCCACAGCAUGAUUGCCCGCUUCCCCAUCGGAGAAAGACUGGGAGACUGGCAGUCUGUUCUGCAGAAUAUGGUGUCCAGCUACCUAGUGCAUCAUGGGUAUUGUGCCACAGCAAUGGCCUUUUCCAGAGCCACAGAAACCAUGAUCCAAGAGGACCAAACCUCCAUAAAAAACAGACAGAGAAUACAGAAGCUGGUAUUGGCAGGACGUGUUGGAGAAGCCAUUGACGCAACACAGCAGUUGUACCCCGGACUCCUAGAACACAACCCCAAUUUACUCUUCAUGUUGAAGUGUCGGCAAUUUGUGGAGAUGGUGAAUGGUACAGAUAGUGAGGUACGGUGCUUUAGUGUCCACUCUCCUAAAUCACAGGACAGCUAUCCUGGCUCCCCCAACCUGAGCCCGCGGCACGGAGCCACCAAUGCUCACUUGCACAACACAGGAGCAGACAGUCCCACAUGCAGUAACGGGGUCACCCCUACUAACAAAAAUAAGAGCCACAACAAAUACACAGGCGUAAGCUCCGCCUCCUCCUCUCCAUCCUCCUCUCCUUCCUCCGUCAAUUACUCAGAGUCUAACUCUACCGACUCCACCAAGUCACAGCACCACAGUGCCACCAGCAACCAGGAGACUAGUGAUAGUGAGAUGGAAAUUGAGGCAGAACAUUACAGCAACGGCGUGACAGAAAGCUCAACUCGCAUUAUGAAUGGCACAUAUAAACACCAGGAAAUCCUGCAGGCGGAUGACAGCAGUGUUGGCAAUGGAGUAGCAGAUGACAGCUGCAGCUCAAGACAGCUGUGUGGAGGAAACCAGGCGGCCACAGAGAGAAUGAUCCAGUUCGGCAGAGAGCUUCAGGCCCUCAGCGAGCAGCUCUGCCGCCAGUACGGCAAGAACGCCACUCACAAAAAGAUGCUGCAGGAUGCAUUCAGUCUGCUGGCGUACUCAGACCCCUGGAACUGCCCCGUGGGCCAGCAGUUGGACCCCAUGCAAAGAGAGGCGAUCUGCUCCGCUCUCAACAGUGCUAUUCUGGAGUCUCAGAAUCUGCCCAAACAGCCUCCACUCAUGCUGGCUCUGGGUCAGGCCACUGAGUGCGUGCAGCUGAUGGCCAGGGUUCGCUCUGGUUCCUGCUCCUUCGCCAGAGUCGACAACUUUUUGCACUAGCGCCAGUCCAGGUGAGAACACCAAGGCAGUGUUCAGGACAGCUAUGAGGAGGACUUUCCAGUUGGUUGCCAUGACGAGAACACGCGUUUGAAUUGGUGUGUCGCUUGCCGUUUGCCAGAGGCAGCCGAGCAGAAUGAAUAGAAACAUGAGAAGAGAGGCUUCUUUUUAAUUUAGUAUUAUCAAAUACAAAUUGUGUGACACUAUUUAAAGAUAAUUAAUUAUUCUGUUUAUCUAGUCAUUUUUAUUUUAGUUUAUAUUUUGUCCGUUUGUUGUGCUCAUCUUGAAACAAAUCAACUUCCCAAACUAUUUUUUUUUUCAUGGGUGAAUUCAGUGCAUAGUAUUUCAAGCGUACCAUAUCAAAAAUAUACAUAAAGGUAAGUUCCUACUGAAAAUUUGAGCUACGCACUCUGAUUUUUCUCAGUCAGAGCUCAGGUAUUUAGACAGAUCUUUCUUUAGUCGGCAUAUUUGCGGACACAGGUGUCGCUUCACCAGAUCAUACUGUGGGUUUUUAAGCAGGUCCUUUUCUAUGUACAAGCAAAUUCUAUAGGUUUUUUUUUAUUAUUUGGUCAACCUUAACAGCCCCUUUAGAAAUGAAAUGGACGUUGGUGUUGCGCAUACGUGAAUUAAGUGUGAAUUAAAUUUUAAUUGGCGUAAGUGUGCGAGAGAGGGUGAGAUAAUGCAUGACUCCUAGCGUCUUUUAAGCUACUUUAGUAUCUCAGGCACCAGCACGAGUUUCAUUAGACACAAUCACACAGUGACGACGACGCAGACUUGUCCUUGGGUCCAAUGUAGAUGAGUUAUAUUUUCAACCAUAGACCUUUGCCCAAAAAUGGAUCUAUUUUACCUGUAUUUUACCAUCUUUAUAGCAGUGAGUAUCAUGCAAAUGUCAACCUUCACUUUUUAAGUUUUAAGUUAGGUAUAUUGAAGUUAACAAGUGGUUUUCUGAUUUGUGUGGCUGUACCAAAUAAAAACGCAAAAUUUUUGACAAAAGAAAAUUAAGGGCAGUAGUUUGAUUACUGAGAAGCUCCGCUGAAGCUUACAGACUAACUUCGUAUACAAAGUCUUUACGUUUUAUACCCAUGUGAAUAGUGUCACUGUUGAUAGUUUUCCUGUUAGAUUAAUAACUACAAACUGACACCGUUUCAACUUGUUAUUGGUUGUUUCAUUGGCUGUUAAGUACUGUUGUUCAAGUUUCUUACCAUUGGAUGCACUGUACUUCAAUUAAUGCACAUGAUGCAUUACUGUAUCUGUCUACCUCUCCUGUUCAGUAAUGGAGGUACAGAGUAUGAACUUGCAGCGUGCAAGACAAUUGACUGACCCAGCGUUCCUGCAAAUGAACAGAAACAAACUAAAAAAAAUUGUAUUGCUUAUUUAGCACCUAGAACAUCUCCUUAAAUUGCAAUCAUCUUUGUUGCUCCAGAACUUCACUUCGACCUCAUAUCAGUGCAAUUGUUUUGGUUUUUUCCCUCCCCGAUGUCCUUUGUAAAUGUGAUGUUAACUGGCUCAGGCACUUAACACUUUUUAUUUCCCAUUAGCAGCCUGUGUUUCUUUUUUUCUUUUUUUUUAAAAAUCUGAUCAUCCUUGAAGGAAAAACUAUAAAUCGAUCCCAUGUCAACCCAGCAUUUUACUUGCCAGCACGCCGCUGUGGUGUUGAAUGUAGUUUAGCCGAUUUUAUUUCCCACAUUUUUUGCUGCUGGCCAUCAUGAGAUUGUUACAUUCCCGUAUCUACACCAGCUUUUGUUCAUUUCAGUUAUACCUCGUUUACUCUUAGGACAGUGCUGUCUAGUUUGUUGUAUCAUGACAGGCGUUUUAACGGAAGGUAUGUGUAGUGCAGGUUGACCUGCAGAUCAUCUGGCUGAAGUCAUAGGUCACAGGGUCGCUGGAAGGUUGCACGUGCUCCUCAGUAGCUAAAAUAAAGUUGACCUUCCCAACUCUGGAGUUACAUAAUGAAUAUAGGCGCUAAGGCAAAGUAAAAUCACAGAUUACACUGUUUUGGAGCCCCACCAUUUGUUUUUAGCAGUGUGUAUGUGUCAGUCUGAUUGUGUGGGGCGGGAAUUUUACACAUCCUGAUCCCUAACAAUCUUGUUUUACCAUUUUACGCCGCUAAAUGGGUCAAUUUGGUUGUUAAAUGGUGGUAUCAUGUUGCAUGGGGACAUCUUGUGUAACUUUUUACUUAUGUUUGAGUUACAAAAUUGCAGUUUAUAUAGAAGCACUCUUCUACUGACAUGUACGUUGUAGAUCUUUUGUCAUGGGGCGGUUUUUUAAUGUCAAGUAUGUUUUGGAACUCAUCAUAA